GGUUAUUUGACUCAACCUCAACGUUUUUCGAGCAGUGCUUUGCGUUGUCUGAAAGACUAAUUGUUUUAAGAUGAAGGUCGCGCCUAUUCUUCUCCUGUGCCUUACGGUACACACCCAAGGGAUAUUAGGCUCAACUGACUCGUGCGUCGGUAGGUGUAAUACUAGCCCCGACUCGUCAAAGGAUUGCCAGUGUAACACUGUUUGUGGCAAUUAUGGGGACUGCUGCACAGACUACUACGCCGAGUGCCUAGGUGGCGAAUAUUCUUGCCAGUCGAGAUGUGGGGAAUCCUACAAUCGCAACAAUCCAUGCCAUUGCAACGACUUAUGCAAGCAGUACGACAACUGUUGCGCGGACUACGACGACUUAUGUUCAGCUGGUGACCCAAACUCUUGCCAGUCGAGAUGCGGGGAAACGUACGAUCAGAGCAAUCCAUGUCAUUGCAACGAUGCAUGCAAGCAGCACGGGAACUGUUGCGAUGACUACGACAAUUUAUGUUCAGGAAUAGGUGAUAUUUCGUCUUUAACUGAAGCAUUAUGGGAAGCUGAUGUCAAUCGUCUUAGCGGCUCUGACUUGGUCGUCAAUAAGCAAAAUCCCGUAACCAGUGUCCCGGAGCGAAAUGAUGUAUCAUCGCAGCCUCUCUUCACCCACGUGAGUCAGGCAAGGAUCUCCACCGGAACCUGGCCGACGUUCAGGGCUCUUCUUGAUAACUACCAACUCCUCACUGGUACCUUAGAUGUCAACACAGUUUUGGAGAGUCAAGAGGUCCAGAGCUUUCUUGAUGCUGUAUUCGGAACCCAGGUGAUGGACCUAACAUACGAUUACCUGCAAGGAAGGGGCUACGUUUCCUCAGUAUCUGAUCUCAGAGCAAAAGUUGAGAAGAUGUGGUUUGAGCCCUACUCCCGUUCUGGUGGCACCCUGGACACCUCCGGUUUCGAGCACGUGUUCGUUGGUGAGGUCAAGAAUAGUAAAGUCAGUGGCUAUCAUAACUGGUUUGCAUUCUACGAGGACGAAGUGGAAGGAAAAGUGAACUACUAUGGCUUCACCAGUGAGAACGAGCCAAACCAAAUCCUAAUGCAGUUUCGUCUUGAUGCCCCCAAUGGUUCCUCGUAUUACAAGGAACUCUCUUCCAUCCUCUACGGGGCAAGUCCGGAGUUCGAACUCGCAAUCUUCACCGUUUGCUUCAUGGAGAAUCGCAACGGUUUAACCACCUUCACCAUCAAUGGUGGACAGGAACAACAAGUGCAGACGUGGGACUACAAUGGCCAAGAUUACGUCGGAUCUGCCUAUUUCAAUGUCUGAUAUGGAUCAAUAUUCUGCACAUCAUUUACUUUGCACAUAGUGUAGAGCUUCAUGACUUGGGUAAAAUGUAAAUCCUGAACAUGAUCAUAUAGGGAGGAUAUGUAUAAUCUAAACAUAAAUACUAAAUUACCUAAAAUCAAACUUAUCAAACCAAAAUUGAACAGAAACAUUUUCUUCGAGGAAACCCAGUUUCAUUGUUUUAAUUAUCAUCAUUAUUAUCACUAUAUUUUGAUUAUUAGUAUUGUUAUUAUUAUCAUUGUUACUAUUGUUAUCAUCAUUAUCCCUAAACCAAUUAAGGGUUUAUAAAGAUAGAGAUCCGGCUUACAAUCUAAUAUGUAUAUCAAGUUCGUGUUUAAGAGAGAGCGAUAAAUGUUAUAAUUAUAGCAUGUGCCUAGAACUGAAAUGAAAUUAAACAAAAAUGA